UUUACUCAGUACUCGGCACAAGCAACAAUCCACAUGAUAACUAAAUAACAAUGUUAUCAACAUACCAGAAUAAUUAACUCACAAAUUUUAAAAUAACUAGUCGAACUGUGUCACCCAUGAGACACGCAACCGCUUAAGUCUAUCAGCUAGUACCUGUAUUUUAUUUAAUAUUAAUAUCAGUGAACAAUGGGGGCCAGUGACCAGAGUUUACCUAAAAUAGAACUAGGAUUUUAUUUUAUAUCUUGCGUAAGUGGACUUUUUUACUGCACUUAUCAAUUUUAUUUAGCUGGAACCUAUUUUGAUAAUUUCCGCGAUGUCAACAACGAUUUUACAAGAGGAUGGAGUUGGGUAGGAAGAAAAAAAGACAUUUCGGACCAUGAGUGGUCGGCGUUAAUUCCAUUUCUUGGGACAGUAGCACCGUGGGUCGCAGUACAAUUGCUGAUCAGUCAUAUUAUUAAAUAUAAGAAGCUCAGUAGCACGGUAUCAUGUUGCUGGUACAUUGCGGUGACUCUAGGAUUUUUAUGGACGUACAUCGGGACGUCUGGAAUUAUUUUCAUGAUGAUACAGCCGUGCAUCGUUUGUCUGCUGAUAUCAAUACGUAAUCUACCUCUUAUGUACUUCGUCGAACUGGGACUUGUCUUUGUGUAUCAGCACGACCCGCUGAUGAACCUGGUACGGGACGACUGGCUCCAGCUGAAUAAUGAGUGGAAUCAUUUACUAACAGUUACUAUUUUUUGGGUCCAACUCCGCAGCAUCAGUUGUUGUGUUGACAACAUCACCGGAUACAGGCACAGAAACCUGGGGGGAUUUUUUAGAAACUUUAUUGAGACUACGGCUUACUGCUUGUACUUGCCAACUCUCUGCACGGGCCCAUUCUUCCUGUACUCGGACUUCCGCAAAGGCAUCAAUGGACCCACUGACAAGUGGACGUUGCGCCGAGCGGGCAAUACUUGUUUUAAUUUACUGAGAUUUAUAUUCUGGUUGCUGUUCACGGAGCUCUUGAUGCAUUUUUUGUACAUCACCGCAUUCAAAUAUCAAGCGCGAGCGGUCGAGAAUUUCAAUUCCUGGGCCUUCGUUGGGUUCGGGUACUGGAUGGGCCAGUACUUUUAUAUUAAGUAUUUAGUUGUCUAUGGUCUUGCUGGUGAACUAACUCGAGCUGAUGAUAUCAACGCGCCGCCACCGCCAAAAUGUUUCUCGAAAAUUCAUUUGUACUCCGAACUAUGGAGAGAUUUUGAUCGUGGACUCUAUCAAUUUCUUAUCAAAUACAUUUACGGCCCAAUUAUCAGUUACAAAUUUCCUCUGGUAAAAUUGAUUGCAUCCUUCCUAACUUUCGGGUUCAUCUACAUCUGGCACGGACUCCGCGACUUCGUCUUGGUAUGGACGCUUAUAAACUUCGCAGGAGUAACUAUUGAGAGUAUCGCCCGUUCUAUUGGAAAGUCUCCGACUUAUAUUGAUUUCCGGAAUAAAUAUCUGUCGCCCCAAAUGAUUAGGAGAUUAAAUUGCUUAAUGACAACCCAGUUAUUAAUUAUCUCUGCCGCCUCAUGCUGUUAUUUCGUAGCUCGUAUGGAGAUCGGCAAUCAAUGUAUUUCCCGAGUCUUUAAUGAUCCAUUAUCGACGAUUAUAAUCCGUGCAUUUUUUUUCUACUGCCAAUGUCAAGUUUCAGUAGAAAUUAAAAUUUAUCAGAAGAAGAAAAUGAAAUAAAUUUUUUUUGUCAUAAUUUUAAUUACAAAAAAAUUUAUACGGCCCAUAUUACCCCAGGGUUGAAUUUUAUGUACUUAAAAAAAUUAAA